CACCGACUAUAGUUGGGGCCCAGCUUAAUUCCUUACCAUCACCACGUUGCCUCUCGGCCUGAGCCUAAGCAUUAUCUCCCGUAGUUGCUUGGACCAUGUUGGUACGGCGCUGCUGUGCGACGUCGCGCAGUCUAUCCGUUCCCAGCAUAGUGAAACUACCGCUUUGCAGUCUCAGGAACGCAUCCUCUGAAGCUCCAACAGAACGUCGGCGAGCUCUACAUCGAGCACGGAAGUACGCCAAAUAUACAACUUAUUUUAUUUUGUCGUCCGUCUUUGGUAUCGUGUCCAUUGGUGCUGGCAUCUUCGUCCACGACGCGUUUACGUACACCGCAAAACACGCCGAGCGGGUGCCGCGUUCACCCCUCGCUUUGUACCCGGAGCACGGUGGGCCAAAUAAUCUGCCCAUUGUGAGUCUACAGGUCGAUGAUGAGGAUGAUGAGGAGCGCAGGAAGCUAGCCGAAAAGCCUAAGCUUGUCAUUGUUGGCGGAGGAUGGGGGGCGAUGGGUGUCUUACAAAAAUUGUACCCCGGAGACUACAAUAUAACCAUUGUUUCAUCGGAGACCUUUACGACGUUUACGCCCCUUCUUCCUUCUGCUGCAGUGGGUACCGUUCAAGUGCGGUCCUUGGUCGAACCCAUUCGCAAGAUCAUUGCUCGUCUCCGAGGUCAUUUUGUACAGGGCAAAGCGGUCGAUCUGAGUAUGUCUGAACAGCUGCUGGAGGUUGAGACUUUGAGCGCCAGUGGAAAGCCGUCUCACAUAUAUAUUCCUUACGAUAAGCUUAUCAUUGCCGUUGGAUCAACUUCAAGUACACAUGGUGUGCCCGGAUUGGAGCAUUGUUUCCAACUCAAAACGAUUGGUGAUGCACAGGCCAUUCGGAGACGUGUCAUGGAUAACUUUGAAAUUGCGAGUCUGCCGACAACAACUCCGGAAGAGCGUAAGCGUUUACUCAGUUUUGUCAUCUGUGGAGGUGGCCCUACUGGCGUGGAAACUGCUGCGGAAAUCUAUGACUUCUGCCAGGAAGAUAUCAUGAAAUUCUUUCCAAAAAUCUGCCGGGAAGAAGUAUCCAUCCAUGUGAUUCAAUCUCGGGAGCAUAUCUUGAAUACGUACUCGGAAGCUAUAUCCACAUACGCAGAAGCCAAAUUUGCUAGAGAUGGUGUCGAUCUUGUUACCAAUGCGCGAGUCGGCGCUGUCAAUCCUGAGUACGUUCUUUACAGCAAGCGGGGACCUAAUGGGGAGACGGAACAGCACGCCAUCCCCCACAACUUCGUACUAUGGUCGACCGGUAUAGCGAUGAACCCGUUUACGAAGCGCGUAACGGACCUACUACCUAACCAAGUGCACAAAAAAGCCAUUGAAGUCGAUGCCCAUCUCAGGGUGAAAGGCGCUCCUCUGGGAACCGUGUAUGCCGUUGGCGAUUGUGCGACGAUCGAGACGUCCAUUAUCAGCCAUUUUAUGGAGCUGGUGGACGACGCAGAUCGUGACAAGAAUGGGAAAAUCGAUUUUGAGGAGUGGGAGAUCAUGGUGUCAAGGAUAAAGCAGCGCAUUCCUAUGGCGGAGGAUCACGUCACCAAGGUCAGGGAGCUGUUCGAAAUGUACGAUACGGACGCGGAUAAUAGUCUUUCGCUCAACGAAGUGGUUCAAUUGCUUGAAGGCAUCGGAAAUAAGAUUACCUCUCUACCUGCGACGGCCCAGGUGGCUUCUCAGCAGGGUAAAUAUAUUGGCAAAAAGCUCCACAAGCUCGCACGCCAACAAGAAGACCUUAAAUCCAAGGACUUUGAUCCCAGAGCAGCGGAGGAAAAGCUCUCUGGACCCUUCCGGUACAAGCAUUUGGGCAGUCUGGCUUACAUUGGGAAUGCAGCUGUCUUUGACCUAGGUAAAUACUCGUUCAUGGGGGGUCUGGCAGCAAUGUACGCAUGGAGAAGUAUAUAUUGGAACGAACAAGUCUCCGUACGUACACGGGCACUGCUGAUGAUUGAUUGGAUCAUCCGAGGUGUAUGGGGGCGUGAUCUCUCAAGACUUUAG